UCUUUACUUGAGAUCGCCGACCCACAUAGCUGAAAGUGCUAGAUAUCCCGGGCAAGUGAGCAGCACCGGCUUCCAUAGCCAGCACAUCUGUUGGGACCUACUACAAACGAUCAGCUUAAACAACUAGCAUAGUGGGACUAAACAACUACUAGGUUCUCAGGCUUCCCAUCCACACCUGCCCAUUGUUGGAUGAAUUGGACUACAGACUCCAUGGACUCCAGCUGCAGAACUCCACCAAGCAACUCUUGGGUUUAUCCCACUGUGAUACUCUGCUUGUUUGGGUUUUUCUCCAUGUUCAGGCCUUCAGAAUCAUUCUUAAUCCCAUUCCUGUCUGAACCCAGUAAGAAUCUCACCAGCCCAGAGAUGACAAAUGAGAUCCUUCCUGUUUGGACAUACUCUUACCUGGCAACGCUGCCACCCGUGUUUGUCCUCACCGACUACCUGCGCUACAAACCAGUCAUCAUGUUACACGUCGUGGCCUUCGCCACUAGCUACCUGUUUCUCUUGUUGGGCCACGGUGUGAUUCUCAUGCAGACAGCAGAGUUCUUUUUUGGGGUUGUCUCGGCCACAGAGAUAGCCUACUUUGCCUACAUAUACAGCAUGGUCAGCCCAGAGCACUAUCAGAAAGUUAGCAGCUACUGUCGGAGUAUCACACUGGUGGCCUACACAGCAGGCUCAGUGCUAGCCCAGCUCCUGGUAUCCCUGACGAACCUGCCGUACUCGAACCUUUUUUAUAUAUCCUUGGCCUGUGUCUCUGUGGCUUUCUUUUUCUCACUUUUUCUACCAAUGCCUAAGAAAAGCAUGUUUUUCCAUACAAAGUCUGAGAGAGAUGAUGGUCCAAAGCCACUGGAACAAUGUACUGUGUUCAAGGAAGCCCAGAACAACAGAACUCACCCGGAAUUGUUUGACAAUUCAGAGAAUUUAGGGGACAGAGAGAUGAGCAACCCGGAUCCAGAAAAUUCAGCUUUGAGACACUUUGCGCAUUGGUUCCAGGACCUGAAGGAGUGCUACUCCUCAAAGCACCUCGUUUACUGGUCCCUGUGGUGGGCUUUUGCCACAGCGGGUUAUAACCAAAUCUUGAACUACGUUCAAGUCCUGUGGGAACACAAGGCACCCUCUCAAGACUCUUCCAUCUAUAAUGGAGCAGUCGAGGCCAUAGCAACAUUUGGAGGGGCUUUGGCUUCAUUCUCAGUGGGCUAUCUGAAGGUCAACUGGGAUCUUCUCGGAGAGCUGGGUCUGGCUGUCUUCUCAGCUGUCAUCGCAGGAUCUCUGUUUCUCAUGAAUUACACACUCAGCAUCUGGGUGUGCUAUGCUGGAUAUCUACUGGUCAAGUCUAGCUAUUCGUUUCUUAUAACCAUCGCAGUCUUUCAGAUUGCAGUUAACCUGAGCUUAGAACGUUAUGCCCUGGUGUUCGGCAUAGACACCUUUAUCGCCUUGGUGAUUCAGACCAUCAUGACUAUGAUUGUGGUAGAUCAAAGAGGUCUCCAAUUGCCAGUCACUACUCAGUUUUUAGUUUAUGGGAGUUACUUCGCUGUCAUUGCGGGGGUCUUCCUAAUGAGAAGCAUAUACAUUCUCUACUUAGCUAAGUGCCGAAAGGAAGUACAGAACCUUGCUACCACCAGGAGCCCUGAUGAGCCACAUCCACAAGAGCCAAGCAAUGUGUCAACAAAGUUCUAACCCAAUUACAUCAACUCCCGUCACAAAUGGGCAGGAUUUCAAGAUGGGCAGCCAGAAGUGCUUUGCCACACACAGGCACACUCUUUCAGUACAGAUUCCAAAACCACAACCAAACUUCAGCCCCAGGCUAACUGACCAACUAACUGCAACCACUCCAUAUAUGGCUAUGGCAGCUGUAUUAGUUACUUUCUUGAUGCUAUGACAAAAUAUCUAACAAAAAGCAACUCAAUGGAGAAACUUAAUAUCUCAGUUCACAGUUUGAAGGGAUACAUUCCAUUACAAGAGGGAAGACAUGACUGCAGGACAAAGGAGCUACUGGACACAUUGCAUCUGCAAUCAAGAAGUAAAAAACAAUGAAACCUGGUGUUCAGAUCACUCUCUCCUU